GAUUUCAAGCACUGUCCCUUUAAGAAAAUGGGGAACUAGUGAGAAAACUUUCAUUUCCUUCUCUGUUUUCUUUAUAAUAGCUACACGCGACUUUGUAUAAGAUCAACGUUUCGCUAGAAGCUCGAUUUAAGUUCUUUGGUUUUAACUUUUAAUCUUUUAAAAGACUUUGCAGCCUUUGUUGGUACAGCGACGUUCAUCGUUUUCCACUUGUGAUCUACCUGCAGUACUGUAGUUGUCAGGGAUUUUCUCGGCCGCGAGAUGGCAGCACUGAUCGCUGACGAUAACGUGUACCGCGAGGCGGAGCUCGACGGCGCGCCCCCUGCUGAAAGAGAGAAUGCACCGCAGCUGCCAGGACCUGAGGGAAACAUACAGGGACAGGUGGAGGAGUUUCUCGGCCCACAUCCAGACUACGAUGAGGAGGAGGAGGAGCGCAAGUACUACAGGCGAAAGCGGCUGGGUGUAGUGAAGAACGUGGUGGGGGCCAGUUGCGGAGGAAUGAUCAUCUACAGCGUCUACAUGGGUUUGUUACAGAUGCAGUUAAUUCUACACUAUGAUGAAACGUACCGGGAGGUCAAGUACGGCACCUUGGGGCUGGAGGACAUCGACAAUAAAAUGCUAAUGGGGAUCAACGUUACACCUAUCGUCGGCCUGCUCUACACACCGGUGCUCAUUAGGUUUCUGGGCACUAAAUGGAUGAUGUUUCUGGCGUCAGGCAUCUAUGCUCUGUUUGUUUCAACCAAUUACUGGGAGCGAUAUUACACCCUUGUGCCGUCAGCGGUGGCCAUCGGUGUCGUCAUCGUUCCACUGUGGGCAUCAAUGGGAAACUACAUUACUAGAAUGGCCCAGCAGUACUACGAGUUUGUGAACUACAAGGAUGAAACUGUCCAGGAGCAGAAAAAACCUCCCAAAGGAGCUUUCCAUUCCUACAUCAUCAUCUUCCAGUCUGUCUUCUACAUCAUUUUCCAUCUGAGUUUCGUGUUUGCUGAGUUCCCCACGGUGCUGUUCCUCAAUAACUAUUUGAAUGAUUACAGACAUACUCUCUUCAAAGUCUCACAGUGUGGAGCCGACGGCAAAGGAGUGAUUGAGAAUUUCAAUAAGACAGUUUUGAAGAGUCUGCCUCGCUCUCUGCUGCUUAUCGAGGUGGAGAGUGCGCUCAUGGGAGCAGCGUUUCUGGCCAUGCUCAUCUUCUUGCUGCUGUGUGGAGCUGCAUAUCGGCCCACAGAGGAAAUUGACCUGCGCAGCAUCGGCUGGGGGAACAUCUUCCAGCUGCCCUUCAAGCACUUACGAGAUUACCGCAUCCGCCUGCUCUGCCCGUUCUUCAUCUACUCCGGCUUUGAAGUGCUCUUCGCCAUCCAGGGACUCACACUGUCAUAUGGAGUGUGUGCAGUGGGCAUGGAGAAUCUGUGGCUGUUGGUUAUGGUGUACGGUUUGUCAUCCUCCUUCUGUUCGGCUCUUGCUAUGGCAUUGUUGCGAUUGCCCAGGCCCGUUAUUCUCCUAGCAGGAGCGUUUGUGCACUUCGUGUUGAUCAUAGCUCUUAUGUGCUGGUCGCCCACUCCUCGGGACAUCACACGUCUUCCUUAUCUGCUGGUGGUCUCUGCACUUUGGGGCCUGGGCACUGCCCUUAACAAAACCGGACUGAGCACUCUGCUGGGGAUGCUGUAUGAGGACAAGGAGCGACUGGACUUUGUUUACACCAUCUAUCAUUGGUGGCAGGCCAUUGCCAUCUUCAUCGUCUACCUCUGGUCUGCAUUACCUAUGCGGGCUAAGCUGGGGCUGUUAUUGUUGACUCUCCUAGUGGCGUCUCUCUGUUACGUGCAGAUGGAGCGACGUCUGGCCAAGAAAAUUCCCUUCAGGUUGCCACGAAUCCCCCGUCCUCGACACAAGGUCAAAGGUUAUCGAUACCUCGAGGAAGAAAAUUCCGAUGAAUCCGACACAGACCUGAGUGAUGCAGAUGAUGAUGACGAUAAAGAGGAGGACGAGAGGAUGUUCGUGGAGGAGGACAGAAAUACAGACGCCGAUUCCCAGGGAUCACCGGGACCAGAGAGGAAGCGGGUUCGAGACCGCAGGAGGAAACACGACAACACUGCCUACGAGCAGGCCGGAGAGAGAGACGACUACGUCCGACACUGAACAAAAACUGAAAAAAGAAGAGGUGAAAGAUGAGUCUGUGCUGUAAAAUUCUGAAUAGCAAGAUUGAAAGAGAAGCUAUGCUAAGGGAAACGUUUCCUCACUUUUUUUUUCAUUAAAUCUGUUUUUUCUUUAGAAAGGAAAAGUGAGGGUCGCUGAUGAAAAACGUUAAGGUCAGAAAGUAGUGUACAGUUAAACAAACAUACCAAAAAAAAAGUGGAAGUGACACGAGCCAUUUUCGUUUCAUUGAAAGGGGAAGUGAAAGGAGGAAACGGUGGAUAAGUUCAGGUGGUUUGUUGCCAUAGAAAUAGAUAUUCUCUGUUUUCGAACAUGGUUAACGUGAUGAACUCAAGUUGUAUAUUUCAUUCCAAUACCUUUCAGUGUGUGUGUGUGUGUGUGUUUUAUAUUCUUUAUAGUCGUUUUCCUCGUAAAUGAAGAACUAAAUGUCUCUCCAUUAGAAAGUGUUAGAUUUUAUUUUCAUAUAUAAUCCCAUACAGAAAUCUGAUGACAUAAAUUCAUAUUUGUAGUUUACGUAUAAAAUAUAUACAGUUGAAGUCAGAAUUAUUAGCACUCCUGAAUAUGUUUUCCCUUCAUUUCUGUUUAACGUUAAGAAGAAUUUUUCAACACAUUUCUAAACAUAAUAGUUUUAAAAACUGAUUUCUUUGCCAUGAUGACAGUACAUAAUAUUUGACUAGAGGUUUUUUUUAAGAUAGUAGUAUUCAGCUUAAAGUGCAAUUUAAAUCCUUAAUUAGGUUGAUUGGGCAAGGUAAUUAGGCAACUCAUUGUAUAAGGAUGGUUUGUUCUGUAGACUAUCGAAAUAAUAAAUUACUUUAAGGUGGAGUACGUUUGACACCCAGUGGUUGAACUAGGUAUUGCACUCCUGGAUCAAAACAAACGCAAGCGCAGGUUGCCAGAUUGAGGACAGGAGCGAGUAAGUUAAACCGUGUUCUAAAUAAAAGCAACGGCACCCGAUAGAAAGAACAUUUUCCAUAUUAAAAGGAGUUUUUGUUCGUACCAACACCUUUAAUUAAUAUAUUAGAAACGGCUUCUGUUUCUCACAGCUGAACAACAGAAAACUAUGGUGAUAAUCACCUCAGGUACACCUCAUGUGAUUUAUUCAGUGCUAAAUGCUAAUAAUGUGAGUUUGAAUGCCAUUUUACUUGAGAUUUAUUGCUAAACUGAAAGCAGCAGUAGAUAGUUCACCUCAGAUCUUGGAAAUAAAAUAAAUCGUUUGAAAUUGAACUUUAGAACUAAACACAUGUUGAUUCAGCAAGUAGCCUACAUUUAAUAUUGUUAAAGAGGGUAAUAUGUAUUGAAUAUAUUAUAAAGCUUAAAUAAUAUAGGAAAUAUUGUGAAAAAUUCCUUGCUCUGUUUAAUAUCAUUUGGGAAAUAUUUGAAGAAGAAAAACAAAUUCAGAGGAGGGCAAAUCAUAUUGACCUCAACUGUAUAUUAAUUGUAACAUAUUUCAAAAUAUUGCAAAAAAGGCCGCUUACAUAUUUUUUUCCAACUAUUUUAAUCACAAAUAUGUACACAUUUGUAAAUCUAAUGAAAAAAAUAUAUAA